GGCCGCCCGGUGCCCCGCGCGCUCCGUCCCGUGCGCCCCGACUCCCGCCCGUCCCGCCUAACCCUAAGCCCCGCGCGGUGCCUGCCUCGCCCUCCCCGCCACCCUUGCAUGCCAAGCAUGGCCCUGGGGUCCCGGGGGGAGGGGCAGGGCUGGUGUGGGACCCCCGAGGCCCUUUCCGCCCGCAGAAGUGGUGCUGGGGGGGGGUGUCGGUGCGCGAGAGAGGAGGUAUGGAGGAUCGAGGUGAUGCUGGGGAGCCCUCUGUGGAAAUGCUUCGGGGUGCAACUUUGGGGUGUCCCCGCGUGCGCGUUCGGGAACAAGUCUGUGGGGACAGCGGGGGUGACUACCGUCGUAGCCCCAAAUUUCCAACCAAGAGCCCAGCCGGAGCCCCUCCCGCGUGGCGUUUCUCUAGGAGUUGAAUGCUUCCCGGCCUGCCACCCCCAAAAUGGAUUCUGCCAGGACAACAAUGUAUGCAGAUGCCAGCCUGGCUGGCAGGGUACCCUGUGUGACCAGUGUGUGACCUUUCCUGGCUGUGUUCAUGGACUCUGUGUGGAACCCUGGCAGUGCAUCUGUGAUGACGGCUGGGACGGGAACCUCUGUGACAUAGACGUCCGGGCUUGCACCUCGACCCCCUGUGCUAACAACGGCACCUGCAUGAACCUCGACACUGGUGGCUACGAGUGCCUCUGCACCCUUGGGUUCUCGGGCAGGGGCUGUGAGAACAAGGACGGGCCCUGCGUGAUCAAUGGUUCCCCCUGCCAGCACGGAGGCACCUGCGUGGACGAUGAGGGCCAAGCCUCCCAUGCCUCCUGCCUGUGCCCCCCUGGCUUCUCAGGCAAUUUCUGUGAGGUCGUGACCAACAGCUGUAUCCCCAACCCGUGCGAGAACCAGGGUAUCUGCACUGACAUCGGGGGCGAUUUCCGCUGCCGGUGCCCAGCUGGCUUCAUGGACAAGACGUGCAGCCGCCCGGUGACCACCUGCGCCACUGAGCCGUGCCUGAAUGGGGGCAGCUGCCUGCAGCACACCCAGGUGAGGUACGAGUGUCUGUGCAAGCCCGAGUUCACCGGCCCCACCUGUGGCAGGAAGCGUGUGGUGGGCCCCCAGCAGGUCACCCGUCUGCCCAGCGGGUAUGGGCUGACCUACCGCCUGACCCCCGGGGUGCAUGAGCUGCCAGUAGCGCAGCCGGAGCACCGUGUCCUCAAGGUGUCAAUGAAGGAGCUCAACAAGAGCACCCCCCUCCUCUCCGAGGGCCAGGCCGUCUGCUUCACCAUCCUGGGCGUGCUCACCAGUCUGGUGGUGCUGGGCACCAUGGGCAUUGUCUUCCUGAACAAGUGCGAGGCCUGGGUGUCCAACCUGCGCUACAACCACAUGCUGCGCAAGAAGAAGAAGCUGCUUCUGCAGUACAACAGCGGCGAGGACCUGGCCGUCAACAUCAUCCUCCCCGAGAAGAUCGGCAUGACCGCCUUGGGCAGGGAGGCUGGCGACCCCGGGAUCUGAGCAGCGUCCCCACCGGCCCCUCUCUAGUCUCGGGGUCCUGCAGAGCUCACUAUAAGCGGUCUGUUCUAAUCUUUGUGGUGGAGCUUGCUAUCUUUUGUGUCGACUCUGGUGAACGCUAUGCUUACAUUCAUUAUCUGUGUUGCCGAGUGACAAAUGCAAUGCUUAAAGAA